AUGAUAUGGAAUGUUCUUAAGGAUUGUGAGGCCACUGAUCGCCGAGACAAGGUUUAUGCGUUACUAAACAUGGGUUCUGACAAUAAUGCUUCGUAAUCUCUAUUGCCCGACUGUAGCUUGCGGUGGAAAGAUGUGUUUGAUCGACUCAUCAGGUUCUAUGUUAGCGAGCAAGUGUGUGUACAGACCUGGGAUGAUGGAGACGUUGCGGUGAUUAAAGGCAAAGGUUGUGUUCUGGGCGUGGUAAGCACGGGAGUACGUUAUGACCACAUAUCGUACAGUAUACGGAUGACAGCCAUGCAUUUGCAGGGAUGGUACUUCCGAGGCCUGCCGCCGUUGACCAAGGAGCGCGAUAUCGUCUGCCUUUUGCAAGGAGCAUCUGAGGCUACGAUCAUAAGGGCAUAUGUUGACUACUGUGCCGUUGUGGCAAUCGGAUUCAUCCCUAAGCAUGCAUCUCCAUCAUCGGGGUCUAGUCCCAUGAUGAGUUGGGAAGUACUGGAUAAGUGGCAUGAUAUCCUACAGUCGGUAACCGUAUAUCCUCGCGAUUUCCUCCUUGUAUGGGAUCGGCAAAAGCCCUGGAGGGAUAGCGAAGACAGCAAAUGGCUUGAGGAUAAUCGAAUACCAAAGUAUGCCAAGAAGCAGUUAGAGGGUCAGCUAUCCAAGCUUGACAGAUUACAACAUCUUGGACCGAUAUUACUUGACUCGCCUAAGCUCGAUCAGGCAUUAUACCUAGACAUGAAAAGAGAGCAAGAGGUUCAAAAAACAGAACGAGCGCUCGCGGCUGCGGAUGGGAUUUUAGGGAGGGAUACCUGGCUCGGCUUUGUCAUUAAAGUGUUCCAAACAUUCGAAAGUUGUCUUUCUCGCGUUGGAAGAUGCAUCGCUAAGAAUCGGUGGCAGAGUUUCUCAAUACAGGCUUAAUCUUGUUCAAGGCGAUAUCGGAAGCAGUCUGGCGCAUGCCUUAUAUGUAAGCCUUAUUGCGUUAAUGGUAUUGAGAUUUUAUGCGAAGCAGAAUAAAGGGUUGGCUAAAACUCUUUCUAUGAGGUCAUAUGUCAUUGGAUUGUAAUAUCAUCGACAUGGCGGCUACAGUGUGAGGGGUUUGAGAAAGCUAGUAUGGGCUAUAUGGGAGUUUAAUACCAGAGACAAUAUGGUGAGCCUAUGUCACUUAUUAUUUUCUAAGUCGCGAAAGGGCCAGUGCCUCUACAUGUGUAUGUAGCUGUUAU